AUGUCCGAACCCCCAGCGAAACGCGCCCGACGCGUAGAUAGCUCGACCAUGUGGGAUAUGAAUGAUCGAAGCACCCGCUCCCCGGAGCCCCAUUCGGACUUGGAUAGGAGUCCUCGCCGCGAAGCACAUCCCAAGGCAGACGGGCGCCGCGAUGACCGAAGGUACCGAUCGCGCUCACGAGAGCGAAGGGAUAGACGCCGAGAGAGAAGUUGGUCGAGGGAUCGUCGCGAUCGUGACCGCGACCGGAGAGACAGAGAUCGUGAGGGGCGGGGAAUGAAGGAUAGAGAAAGAACUGUCAGCCGCGAAAGACAUCAUGAUAGACGAGGGUACCCUUCGAAAGGUGACCGAUACCGUUCUCGAUCUCCCGUUCGGAACGGCAACAGAGAUUCUCGGACACCGCCUCGCGGCCCUCGGACAGAACGCAGGGGCGAUCGCAGGGACGUUCGGGCACAUGAAAAUGGAUCAAGCGACUCGAAGCUCCCGCGUCGGGCCAAAGAUGACAUGGACAUGGAUGUGGAUGAUGUGGACGGAGAUGAUGUGGAGGAAAUGAUGCGCAGAAGCAUGGGAUUCACGAAAUUCCGAAGCACGAAAAACACCAAGGUCCCUGGCAACGACAUCUACGGCGUGCGGAAGGAGAAGAAGACGGAAUACAGACAGUACAUGAACCGUGUAGGAGGAUUCAAUCGGCCGCUCAGUCCUUCGCGGUGA